AUGGCCGACAGAGUCCAGCAAAUCGUCGACCUGCCUCCUUGCAAACGGCACAUCGCCACACAUGAUCCAAAUGGUAAAAGUGUCUACGUCGACUCUCCACCUCAACAAUAUAUGCCCGUUGAAGGCGUUGGAGGAAUGGCUCGAUCAUACUCGGUAGCAUCUGUUCCAGCCAAGCUGGCCAACGAUGAAGACCUCAAAAGCUAUCGAAGCAAUGACGCCGUCACUAGCUGGGCUCAGCCGUCCAUUGUGACACCAAACGGCGUCAACCUUCUGGUGGUUGACCUAGCUCCUGGCGCUGUGAGUAUGAUGCACCGGACAGUUUCCAUUGACCACUCCAUCUGUGUGAUUGGUGAGAUUGAGCAUGAGCUCGACAGCGGAGAGGUUGUACUCUUGAAGCCAGGAGAUCAUAUUGUACAGCGAGGGACAAAUCAUCGAUGGCGCAAUGCUUCCAAGACGGACCCGGCUCGUUUUGUUGCCGUUACUGUUGCUUGUGAGCCCUUCGAAAUCGCGGGCAAAUUGCUGGAGGAGGUCCAUACCCCUUGA